UAACAUUUCAAAAAACAUGUUUUCACUUUGUCCUUAUGGGGUAUUGUGUUUAUAUGGGUGAGAAAAACUAAUAUUUAAUUGAUUUUGAAUUCAGGCUGUAACACAACAAAAUGUGGAACAAGUCAAGGGACACACUUGUUUUGUCAGGCAGAAAGACCUUCCUAGCAGUUUGAUAAACCAAAUGUGUUUAUAUUACAACUAUAAUUGUCUUUAUUGUAGUACAUAUCUUUAUUAAUACAUUUCUUAACAACUUCUACAUGAUCACAGUCAGUGGAGAGGAGUGGAGACUUCAGUGGAGAGGAGUGGAGACUGUCUAUCAACCGACAUCAAAACAUGAAAUAAUGAUCUGUUUAUAUUGACUACAUUAGUUAUUGGAUAUAAGCUGCUUAACAUUUCCCUCUCAAACAAGACAGCAGUUCAUUACUGUUGAUCUAGUUGGUCUCUGGAGGGAUUAUUUUCAAUCAAUGAGGUUCAGUGUUUUACAGAAUCAGCCCGGAGAACUCUCUCCUGGAGAUCCAGCUAGAGAAGGUGCCCACGUGGCUGCCUGUGUGCUAUGAGAGAUGGAACUCUUCCCUGGGGACCCUGGUCUGCCGCCAGCUGGGAUAUCUAAGGCUAGUCAACUGAGACCAUUUCCUUACCAUAAAGCCCACAGCAGCUUGGCAACAUAAAAGGCUAUUCACCUAACCAUAAGGCUGAUUGCUCCCAGUUAAUGUUAGAUUAUUUAAUACCUCGUUUAUAGGCUUGCCCGAUGCCCCGUGGAUCAUACAUUACUUUUUAAAACAGACACUCUCCCAUAUCGCCUGCUUUUAUAGAAGAUAUAACUAUGAUUCAUUUGGUUUCCAGACUGACCAAGCAAAAAGGGGUGAACUUAACGGACAUCGGACCUAACUACACCGAUGGCUUUAUACAGAUCACAUCUGAACACAAGACCAGCCUGGAAAAUAUAUGGCAGUUAAGGGGGAGUUGCGUCACAGGGAAGGUUAUAGCUUUGAAAUGUUUUGAGUGUGGGACGCGGGCUAAGCUGCCCAGGAUAAUCGGGGGAGUGGAGGCUACCUUGGGAAGGUGGCCCUGGCAAGUCAGUCUCUACUACAGCAACCGACACACCUGUGGAGGCACCAUCAUCACCAGCCAAUGGGUGGUCACCGCAGCCCACUGUGUGCACAAUUAUAGGCUGCCACAGGUGUCCAGUUGGGUGGUCUACGCUGGUAUUGUCACACGCAGUUCAGCUAAAAUGGCUCAGUACACUGGAUAUGCAGUGGAAAAGAUAAUCUACAACAAGAAAUACAACCUCAGGAGCCACGACAAUGACAUUGCUCUGAUGAAACUACUGACCCCACUGAAUUUCUCAGAUACCAUCAGGCCUAUCUGUCUGCCACAGUACGAGCAUGAUCUACCAGGAGGAACACAGUGCUGGAUCUCUGGCUGGGGCUACACUCAACCAGAUGAUGUUCUCAUCCCUGCCACGCUAAAAGAAGCUACAGUUCCACUGAUAAGCACCAAGAAAUGCAACAGUUCCUGCAUGUACAAUGGAGAGGUCACCCCCCGCAUGCUCUGUGCUGGAUACACCGAGGGCAAAGUGGACGCAUGUCAGGAGCCAAAGAAAGGGUUGCUGUACAUCAAUGUGUGUGGCUGGAAGCGCGUCCCUACCCCUGCUGAUGAGAACAAGCCAGUGCCUGUGUGUGGAGGGAGACUGGAGACAGACACUGAUGAAGGAGGAGACGACUACAGUGUGAUGGAUGUGGCGUUCAGCCCUGCGGUGCUGCAGCAGGCUCAGAAGGACAAGAAGGAGGACCAGGUUCACCUGUUAGCUCUGAGCUUCACCCAGCAGCAGCACGGCCUGCGUCUGAUCCAGCAGUACAACGUCAGCAGCAGUAAGCUGAAGGGCAGCCUAGAGGACAUGCAGCGCCGCCUGGGUUCUCUAAAACAGUACAGCCCUGCCACAAACACAGCCUCCCAGACCCCAGCUUCCCUGCUUCAGCAGAUCUCUCUGCGUGAAGGGCAGACUGAGGACAGUACACCUGUGCAGCUCAUCACAUCUGUCCAGCUAACUCCUGGGCCAGGGGACCAAAGCAACAAGACCAAGAACCUGAUCCAGGUGAUCUCUAGCUCAGUGACAGCCGAGCCUCAGCGGCCACAGCACCAGCUCACUGUCAACUCUGACCCCAGGGACCUCUCCCGGAGCCUGAAGCUGACUAUGGAGCUACCAAAGGUUCAGUCCAUCACAGAGUGCCAUCUCAGCAUUUCCCAGGAUGAUGUACUACUAGAAGUGGAGGAUAUGUACCAUCUACACCUGGAGCUGCCUGAGACUGUGAAUGAGGAGUCGGCCUCUGCCACAUUCAACAAGAAGAAACGGUUAUUAACUUUGCAGGUGUCUAUACUCUAGUGCUGGUACUGCCAACACUAAAAAGACGCAAAUUCAUUAAUAGACAAAGAAAAUAACAAUAAACACUGUCUUUUCUGGCAAGA